UCACCAAUUAUUAUACUCUCUCUCUCUCUAUCUCUCCCAGUGUCGUCUCUCUGUCUAUAUAUGUCUGGGAUGCGUUUGUCUCAGACACCCUCUCCACCUUCACCCCCAGUUUGUUUUGUUUGUUUUAGGCUCUUAAGCUCGCCCUUAUUUCCAUUCAUCCAAUCAAAUCCUUAACUUCUCCGACUCCCUCUGUCUCAUCAUCAAUCUCAACCCCCUCCCUUUCCAUCCUCAGAAGCUCAACUUUGCAACCAAAAUUGGUGCAUGGAUGGAUCCUUCUAGUGCACAGGAAAUGUCAUCACAAACACUAGAAAGCAUGUUGGGGUGCACAAAAGCACAGCAAGAGAAGAAGCCAAGGCCAGCAGAUCAGCAAGCACUAAAAUGCCCAAGGUGUGAAUCCACCAACACAAAGUUUUGCUAUUACAACAACUACAGCCUGUCCCAGCCUAGGUACUUCUGCAAGUCAUGCCGCAGGUAUUGGACCAAAGGUGGGACCCUCCGCAACGUCCCCGUCGGCGGCGGCUGCCGGAAGAACAAGCGGUCCUCGUCCUCGGCUUCCUCGGCUUCGUCGAGGAGCCGGAGCCAGGACCAGUCCUUGUGUUCCAGUCCCGCCCCGUUGCCAUCCCUGGCUGGCUUGCCUUACGAGGCCAGCGAUCUUAGCCUCGCAUUGGCUAGACUACAAAAGCAAGCCAACCUAGGGGUAGGGGAACAUGAGAUGGGCAUGAUGUGUAAUCCCAAUAAUACCCCUUAUGACAUCGUCCUCGGAAACCACCACCACGGGUUUCUUGAAACGGCGGCGAACGCACCGUUCCAUAAUAUGUACUACGGGAACAUCAACGUGGGCGGCGAAAUGGGGAUUCCGUACGAGGAACACCACCUCGGCGGCGGAGGCGCGGCGGCGGCAGUGAAGCAAGAGAUGUGCAGUGCGAGAGAAGAAGGGGAGAGCAACAGGGUUUUAUGGUCAUUUCCAUGGCAGCAAGUGGGAGGAGAUCAAGGGAACAACAACAUGGGGGAUCAGAUUGAUUCAAGCAAGCAAAACUGGUAUGGGUAUGGGAAUGGGUUUGGGUCAUCUUCUUCGUGGCAUGGACUUCUCAAUAGCCCUCUCAUGUAGAUUAUUGAUAAGUAGAAAGAAAGAAAUGAAUCUGCUCUCUCUCUUUCUCAUCACCAAAUCUUUUCAUACAAUUUUUACUUCAUUAGAUCAUCUUCUUCAGGCUUCAAAAGCUUAGUUAAUUUAAUGCUCCCUUUUCUGAGGUUUUUUUGUAUCAAGAGAUUGGAUUCACCACCUGAAUCCUUUCUCUUCUUAUUUCUUCUUUUUCUCCCUUCUUAAAUUUGGACUGUGUUUAUGUGGCUAGCUAGGCUUGUUCUCCUUUACUGAUUGACAAACUAAUGAAAAUUUCAUAUUUUGCCCUCUAAA